AUGGCCUCUUCCGCCGUUUGCGCCUUGUGCCCGGCACCCGCGACCGUCCACUGCCCCGCUGACAGCGCCAAUCUCUGCGCGUCGUGCGAUCUCACAGUGCACAGCGCCAACACCAUCGUGCACAGACACGUGCGCACCGUCCUCUGCCGCUGCUGCGCCGCCCCCACGACCGUGCAGAUCUGCGGCCUCCCCGCAUCCACCGCCGCCACUCCCCCUUGCAUCUGCGCCUCCUGCAUGAUGCCUCUGCUCUGGCCGUCCACGGGAUUCCCUGGAACGAACGCGGGUAACCUGGUUACCAACUCGCAGACGUCUGGGCCGUGCCCGCAGAGCUUAGCGGCUGCUACGGGUAGCCUACUGCCGGAAGGGCUUACGUCCGGUUCGGAGCGGCUUCUGCAGGGGUUCUUAAACGCUAGCUCGACUUUCUCCCUCGGGAACACCGCUGCUGCGCCGCCUCUCAUGACCCAUCUCCCGCGCCCGGCGGGGUUCGUGACGGGUGUCCGGGGUGGGCUUGUCCAGGCGGCGACUGUGACGCAGCUUGACGAUAACUCUCCAAUCAGCGUCCUCACGACGGAGUCUGACGUUUUCCGUUCGACGGAUUUCGUUAACCAGCAACCGCGAGAGAAGAUGCCACAGGAAGGGCUGUUUCACAGAGUACCGUCUCAAGACAUGUUUCCUGGGUCGUUCCGACCAGAGGGGUUGAUUCGACUGGAGGAAGCUGAGUCGUAUCGAGCCUGCGAGCAGCAGCAGCAGCAGGAGCAACGUGAACACAGCCCGCUCACUCUGUCUCUCUUCCCCCUCUCCGCCGACGAAAGAUCGUCCGCCGGGGGAAUGGCGCGCAGAAUUCACACUGAUGUAACGGACGAUAGCCGCGUGUCGUGCUGCGCUGUCCCGCCGCUGAUUCCGGUCGACGAGCCGCAGAGGAAGCGGCAGCGGGUGCAGGCAGGGAGUGGCGUCGGCGCGUCGCGAGCAGCGUCGGCGUUUGUCCCCUUUGUAAGCGAGACUUGCACCCAGGUGAAGCAAUUCGAUGGUGCAUCGACAAUGGAUGGGACGGGUCUGGGGAAGAGGCCAUAUGACGCGUGCGAGAAGCAGCGAUUUCCGUCAACUGCGGAGGCAACAGGGGCAGCAGCACCAGGAGCGGAGCCUGCGCGGGGAAAGCUGGGCAAAACUGCUUCCGCGCGGCUCCGCCACGUGCUGCUGACGUGGCAGUCACGUUUAGGGCUUCAAGUACCCACCGUUCGCGCAUUGGCUUUCCACAUGCUUCAGCGCGUUCUGCUGCGGCUACAGCCGACGGAUAUGGCGGCGGAGUCGCUGCGCGUGCUGCUGGCCGCGUGUCUGUGGGUGGCGGCUAAGAAUGAGGAGAACCAGAAGUGUGUACCGAAAGCGAAAGCGGUUGCUGCUGUAGCGAAGGUGCCUGUAUCGCGUCUGGCUUCUUGUGAGAUUGAGGUGCUGAAGAUGCUGGACUGGCAGCCUCAGAAGGGUUCUCAUCCGCCGCGUUCCUCCCAUUCUUCUCAUUCCUCCUCUACCUCCUUCCCAUUACCGCUUCUCGAUCUCGCGGCUCGCGCCGCGGCUGCGAACGUCCCCGCACUUGCCGUUAAUCUCCGCAUCUUACCGCCGGAACUAGCGCGCCUCGUGUUCUCCGUCCUCCCGCGGCCCCUCGAGCUCUCCGCGAUAGACGCCUUCGCGCGCGCCGGAUUCUGGAAGCCCGAAUCCCUCAACCUCACUGACCUCCCGUUCCUCACGUGUCUUGACUUCUCACGGAAUUCUCAAGUCAACGACACCACUGCCACCGCUGUCAUCCCCUGUAAACUGGUUCAGAGACCCCUUAUUCACACACUACUCCAGCCCCUCUCCUUCUUCCCUGGUGUCCCCCCUUUCCCCUCCUCCCCGCAGACCUCCCACCUCCCGUCGCUCACAUGUCUUGACCUCUCGCGCAACCCUCAAUUUAAUGACGCCGCUGCUUCCGGUGUCCUCCCCUGUAAGCCGGUUCAGGGUCUCAGGGAUACACUGUCUCCGCCAUCUGGUCUUGAGCUACACUGCAGCCACCGCCUCGUUCCCCCUGUCUCAGUCCAUUUUUCAACACUUUCUCAUCCUUCUUCUUCCUUCCUCUCCCCCUCUCCCGUUCUCUCCUCAGGGAUCCCUUCUCUCCAGCAUUUAGACCUCAGUUACACUGCGGUCACCACCUCGUUCCUUGAUUCCCUCACCUACGGUGCGCGGCUGAAGGGGUGGCGGAACAAUGCUGCGGAAGCUUCCAGGAAGGUGGAAGCGCGGAAGGCAGCGCCCUUGGUGGGAGGCAGCCACAGGCACAACGGCAGCUGCUGUCCCCAGCCCCCCACACGCCUCUAUCUCUCACACACCUCCCAUCCAUCCGCCUCUGUACUCCCAUCUCUGCUGCACCGCUGUCCAGCCAAGCGCCCCUGGUGGGAGGCGGCUCCAGACACAACGGCAGCUGCUGACCCCAGCCCACACUCCACCUUCACGAAGCGAUUUCGCCUGAACCAGGAGCAGCAGCAGCAACAGCAGCAACACCAGCACCAGCAGCAGCAGCAGCAGCUGCUGCUACCAGAGAGACAGCCGCAAGCAGAAUCCGAGCAGCAGGAGGUUGGUGAAGAGCAGUUGGAGUGGCGUGAGUGCUGUCUGGUGUACCUGCGGCUGCAGGGGACGACUGUGGACAAGGCUGGAGCAACACACCUGCUAGGUCUGAGUGCUACAGUGCCUCUGGGCGGCAUGUUCUGUCUGGACUUGAGAGAUACACUGGUGAAAGGCGACGUGCUGAGCAAGCUGAGAUGUGAGCUGGGCGCUUGUCUUGUCAGCUGGGGGCGUGUGGCUGAGAUCUGGGCGCUUGUCUUGUCAGCUGGGGGCGUGUGGCUGAGAUGUGAGCUGGGCGCUUGUCUUGUCAGCUGGGGGCGUGUGGCUGAGAUCUGGGCGCUUGUCUUGUCAGCUGGGGGCGUGUGGCUGAGAUGUGAGCUGGGCGCUUGUCUUGUCAGCUGGGGGCUUGUGGCUGAGAUAUGUGAGCUGGGCGCUUGUGAUGUGAGCUGGGGGCGUGUGGCUGAGAUGCUACUUUUCAUCUGCUCUCUUCACCCAACGAGCCUCGGCUUCUCUGCCGAACCAACGCCCUCGCUCUCAACAUCCUCCGAACCUACCCAGGCCCGGGGGCCGAACCUAGCCACCGAACCAGCAGCCGUACCAUGGCAAGUGGCUGGGAUAGCGAGGAAAGAGCGGGCGAGAGAGGCAGAGGAAGAGGAAGGGGUGAUAGAUUUCUGGAGAGAGAGAGGGGAGUUUGGAGCGAGGCAGCAGAGGUAG